AAUGCUUGUGAGGGUGUCCCGUUUCUCAACCCUCCGCCUUUGGAUUAGUCACUUCAUUUUCCAGCCAAGUUUGGACUUCUUCAUAAACACACUUCUUGUACACGCUGCAUACCAUGACUUUUCCUCGUCUCUCUUUCAUCAUCUCCUUCAUCUUAUCCACAGCUUCGAUUUCUGGACAGAAACUCUACACUCCGACGCUGAGCCUACGAUGCGAAGACGUCCUCCGACACCCGGAACGUGCGGUUACGGCAUCCAUAACUGACGAUUUCAAAACUUUCUUCUUCAACCAAACACUCGAUCAUUUCAACUACAGACCCGAGAGCUACACCACCUUCAAACAGAGAUACUUGAUCAACUCCAACUAUUGGGGUGGCGCAAAUUCUAAUGCGCCGAUCUUCGUUUACCUCGGCGCUGAAUCGCCCAUCGACGGAGCCCCGGUUGUGAUCGGGUUUCUGACCGAUAAUGCAGCUCAAUUCAAGGCUUUAUUAGUUUAUAUUGAGCAUCGGUAUUAUGGUGAGUCAAUUCCACUUGGGAUGAGCUUCCAAGAAGCUCUCAAUGAUACAAAUAUUCGCGGGUAUUUUAGCUCGGCCCAAGCUUUGGCCGAUUAUGCUGCCAUUAUCAUGCACGUGAAGCAGAAAUUAAAAGCCAGAGAUUCUCCAGUUAUUGUGGUGGGAGGAUCAUAUGGAGGAAAGCUUGCUUCGUGGUUCCGGCUAAAAUAUCAACGCGUGACCCUCGGAGCUCUGGCCGCAUCAGCUCCAAUACUGUAUUUCGACGAUAUUACCCCGCAGGAUGCAUAUCAUUCGGUGGUCACCAAGGAUUUUAAGGAAGCUAGCGAGACUUGCUCCCAAACUAUAGGAGACUCAUGGUAAGAGAUUGAUAGAGUUAUUAACGAGCCUAAUGGCCUUUCAAACUUAAGCAAGAUGUUCAAGACUUGCAAGCCUUUGGAGAGUGGGGAUGAACUGAAGAACUACUUGAUAUUGUUGUACGUGGGAGCAGCUCAAUAUGAUGAUCCUGUUGGCUGGGUUCACUCCCAUGUGGAGGAAGCCCAAUGUAUCGCAAGCCCAAGGCUUGAGCCCAUAUGUCUAUUCAUAUGGAGAAAUAGGGUUUCUCACUAUUAUUAUGUCGUGGCCGCAAAAAGAACGUUUUAGAGAGACACAGUAACAAGAGAGAAAGAGAAAGCAGAAAAUCUGGGUUUGAGGAUAUAUCUGAUACUGCCGUCAGAGGUCGAUUCGUGGUCCGAUUGAGCUGAAAUUUUGUCAGCGUGUUCGUGCCGCAUUCUUCUCGAAUUUGAUCGGUUUGAUUUUCAGUUGAAGCUCCCUACAUUAGGUUUUCGUGGGUUGCACCAAAAGUGCGUUUUUGGUGAGAUUUAUCCUUUUAUCUCUUGUGAAGUUCAUGUCUAUUGCCAAGAAUGAUGUUCUUGGUGUCUUUGCUGCUAUGUACCUCUAGUAUUUACUAGAGAAGAACUUUGUUCAUCCAGUUUUGCUGAUAGUGAAGAUUUUUGGGUGGACUCCGGUC